AUGAUGUUCUCCUGGCCGAUUCCGGCUACGGCGGCCAAUCUCAUUGAGACUAGCCAACUGCGUAGGAGAUAUUAUAGUGCACAAGUGUACGCGCAAACGCAGGUGCACUCUAUUCCUGUCACUCUCAUACUCCGGUGGGACGACCACUCGACACAACCGCUCCCCGAAGCUUCUAGAAAAGGAUCUAACGGCCCUUCUAUCAUCAUCGACGCACAGUGUUUAGUGUUCAGUGGGUCUCGGCCGGCUGCGGGACCCUGCGUUACACUGGCCAGUCAGAGUCGGCACAACAUUUCAAGGAUCUUGGACUCCAUUGUAGGCGCUGCGAGGUAUUGCAUUGGUUACGGGCACGAUUCCGAGUGCUCGAGUGAAAGCCGGGUUGUAAUAACUGGGCUCGCGUGGCGUGCGCAGUGCUGCGAGAGCGAGAGGGGAGACAUGGCGGCGCCAGAGUGCGAGCGGGAGGCACGCAAGCGGCGCGAGCGUCGCGACUCGGGGUGCGCGCACGAGCGUAAGGAGCGCAGGCCACACAGCGAGGAGCGGCCACCACCACCACCACCUCCUCCACCCCUACACGAUUAUAAUAGACUUGAGUCUGAACGUCGAGCUGAGCGAUUGUCACGCGCAAGACGCCCGCAGUACGGCGGCAAGAGACGCAGAGCGCCUGCACGCUUUCCCCGACAACCUAAAGAGAACGACAGGCACACUGAUGAAACUAGAAGCGGUACACCACCGCAUUUCGAAUAUGUUGUGCAGCAGAAACCUGAAAUAAGUGAAGAAAGUGAAGGGUCGUACACCGACGGCGGUGUAAGUGUUCGUCGUGAGGAAGCAGAGCACGCACGACGCGAUGAGCGAAGCGAGCCGCCCCGGCGCAGCCAGCCUAGCCCGGACCGUCGCGUUGAGAAACUUAUUAAGAAGAUAAAUCUGCUUAAGAAAAACAUUACAAAGUACGAAAGUGAUUUCGAAGCUCAAAACGGCCACGCUAUCACUCAAGGCGAUCGUAUGACGGACGUUCAUUUGAUCCGCAUGUACGAGACACUACGACAAUUGCAAACAGAAAAACGUUGUAUUAAGGCAGAUCCAGUGGAAUAUGCUCUAAAAGUCCAAGCAGCGAAAUUACAAAAGGAGCGGGAUGAUAAGCUUGACGCGGCAUUAAAGAGCGACAAGUCUAUGGCCGAAGUUGUAAAGGAUAUUGAAGAGUGGGUAGAAGGUUGUCGCCAAGCGUCAGGCAGAGCAAACAUCCCGGAAUCAAACUGGACACCAGCUCAAUUAGCCGCGGAGAAAUCUUGCGUCCAAAGAGCUCUAUUACGUUUAGAGGCGGCUCGGGGAAGACCCCCGGCCCAUUCCGUAGAACGUGGCGCUGCCAGACAUUUGUAUGAGAGAUAUAGAGCUGUUAAACGCACUCUAGCUACUUUCAGACCUGACGCCAUAAUUGGCGGAACAAAUGGCGAAUUGGCCACUAUCCACGAACACGAAACGAUGCUGUUCAAUACAAGCGUGGACAGCUCCAGCGAUUCACAAGAGAAGCCGUCUGACUCUUCGCAGGAAACCGUAGAGACUCCACUUCAAUCACCACCAACUCGUGAGGGUGCAGAAGAAAUGCCAUCGUCCACGUCAUCAGCGAAAUCUGUAACCACCAGCGAUGAAACUACUCCUUUAAAUGAAGGCUUACAUUGUCUUGGAUUAGAUGACCUCGGUAGAGCUCUCGCUGAGGCUAAAAUGCUUAAAUGUGUACUUCGCCGAAGCAUUAAAGAGUAUGAAGUUAACUUCGAAGUGCAAAACAGUAGAAAAGUCCAGAGAGACGACAAGAAAGGCCGCGAAGAAGAAUACCAGCGAUACAAAACCGUUAAAGCCAGGAUUAAAUUGCUCAACGCUCUUAUAAAUAAACAAAAAACUGCU